AGUAGCUUUACAAUCCUUCACAAAGGUUGAAAAAAUUGAAGAUCCAGAGACUAAGUUUACAUGUGAAGAGUGCAAGGAGCAAGUAUCAGUUGAGAAACAACUUGUGUUAGACCAUGCACCUACAAUAGCUGCAUUUCACUUGAAGAGAUUCAAAAGUGAUGGUAGAUAUGUUGAGAAGAUUGACAAGCAUGUAGCAUUUCCAUUAGAGUUGGAUUUGCUGCCUUACACUUGUGGUGACAAAACAAAUGAUGCAGAACUCAAGUAUGAACUUUAUGCUGUUGUGGUGCAUGUUGGAUUCACAUCUACUUCGGGACACUAUUAUUGCUUUAUUCGUGUAUCCCCUGAUAUGUGGUGCAAGUUUGAUGAUUCAAAGGUCACUCGUGUACAUGAACAGUUUGUGCUGUCACAGGAGGCGUACAUUCUCUUUUAUGCAAAACAGGGUACCGCCUGUAUUUCGAAUUUAAUUAAAUCUCAGAAACGAAGCAGGGACUCAACUAUGUUGAAUACCUCCCCCAAAUCAGUGUUGGAUAAUGCAGACAUCCGUGCAUCUCCUCUUGUGCAGAAUAAUCAUGGUUCUGUUUUCCAUGGAAGCAAUGACAUUGCUGAUGAAUCUCUUACAGAGGAUUGUAGUGAACAAAAACAUAGUGGAGUUGAGAACAUUAAAAAUGAAGAUAAUAGGUCGAGAACGAUAUGUGAUUUGCCCAAAGAGUCUAUUUCUUUGCCAACAGUAGCAAAUAAUUCAUCCGAUGUACUUUCACAUGAAGCUCACAAAGUAAUUUCUUCAAGUUCACUACAAAAAGUUAACAUUGAUGUUGAGGUUGGUGCAGUUGGAAAUUAUCCAAAUACUACUUUUCUGACUCCUCAGAGAUGUUCAAGUCCAGUGAUACACGGAGAAGACCAACCAGAUGCUAGUUUCUCUAUUCUGCGUGAUCAUCUGAGGUUGCUGGAUGGUAUAUCUUGCAAGAGGAAAUUGGAGAAGGACUUGGAUGAUAUGCAAACAAAGCAGGCCUCUUUAUUCAUAAAGAAAAACAUUCCGGGUGCCAGAGGUCAGCAGUUAAUGGCUGCAUUGAAUUUGAGGGGGUCAAGCAGUGAAGAUGCCGUGAAUAAGAAAAGAAAAAGAAUGAGUUCAUCUCCAAAGAGAGGUAAAAUUGCUACGAUUACUCGCCAUAGGUUGAGCAUUGGAACUAAAAUGCAUCGUCUGAUUGGUGGAGUUUUUAGGUUAAAGUGAUUUCUUGCAGGUAGUUUCAGAUGAACGGGUCAGUUUCCAUAAAUAUGUUAAUGGAUGAUCCAUGUAGGAAUUUCUGUUUCCACAAAUAGAACAGGGAUACUUUCCUUUUAGGCUUUAGCUCGUCUAGAAUUUAUGCUUCCUCUGGGCAUCUGCCUGUAGGUAGCAUAUUUUUAGCUUUGUUCAUAUUGGGUGUAAAGAUUAUAGCUAUUAGCUUUUAGAGGAAGUUGGUUAAAUGUGACUUUCUUUAAAAGCGUUUUUGGAAUAAGAAACUAUUUUUGAAAUUAGUUUCUAAACAAAAAUUAAGAU